AUGAGUAGUAAACCAUCUGUUCUCAUCAUCGGCGGAGGUGUCUUUGGAACCUCUACCGCAUACCAUCUCAUCCAGCGCGGCUACACCAACGUCACAGUGGUCGAUCGUUUCGAAGCCCCGUCUCGCGACUCGGCCGGCACUGACCUGAACAAGGUUAUCCGUGCAGACUAUCCCAACCCGUACUACGCCCAGCUCGGCCUCGAGACCCUUGCUGUGUGGAAAGAUCCAGACUCUCUCUUUGCGGGCCUGUAUCGCGAGUCGGGAUGGAUCAUGGGGGGUCAUGAGGAGACGAAUCAGUGGUUGGAGAACGCUAAGGAUUUGGCCGAGAGGAAGGGCAGACUGGGAGUGGAGUAUCUGGAUGUUGAGAGGAUCAGAGAGAAGUGGCCUGCGUUGACUGGGGAGUUUCCGAGCUGGACUAAUCUGUACAGCCCUCAGGCUGGUUGGGUCCCCUCAGGCCAAGCCCUUCUCCGCAUGGCCAAAGCUGCAGAGGAGAAUGGCGCAAAGUACAUCACCGGCCGUGCAGGCCAGAUCAAGCAGCUCCUACACGAGGACGGAACCUGCAAGGGUGCCGUAGCCGCUAACGGGGAGAUUCAUCGCGCCGACAAGGUCAUUGUUGCAGCUGGAGCAGGUCUCCCGGCUCUUGUCGAGGGAGCGAGAACUGAUGUCAGAGCGGAGACUUCGGUAAUCUGUGUGAUGAAGCUGGAGCCACAUGAGAUUGAAAAGUACAAGGACAUUCCCAUCAUUGACGACUUUGAGCAGGGUAUGUGGGCACUGAAACCUGUGAUGAUUGGAGUGCUAAUGUGGAUAGGCAUAAUCUUUCCUCCUGAUGAGAAUGGCCUCAUUAAGCUAUGCAGUGUUCGGCUUGUGACCAACUAUUUCAACCAUGUGCACCCUGGUGCCUCAGUCUUGCAUUCGGUGGGUGACUAUCCUUUUGAUGGAUGCCCUAAGGAACUUGAAGUCGAGAUUCGAAAGUUUGUUCGAGAAAUGAUCCCUGAGCUCGCAGAUAAACCCUUUGUCCACACCCGUCAAUGCUGGGACGGCAUGGCCUCAGACCUCAACUUCCGCAUCUGCCCCUAUCCCGAAACAAAGAAUCUCUACAUAGCAACAGCUGGUUCAAACCACGGCUUCAAGUUUCUCCCAAUCAUUGGAAAGUACGUAGUCGAUCUUCUCGAGGACUCCCUCGAUUCAGGUCUCAAGAAUCUUUGGAGCUGGAAAUUCGGAAAGAAGCCCGGUGAUUUUCAAGAUCCUCAUCCUUUUCCCCGCAGAGACCUGAACGAGUUGACGGGCUGGAAGGGCAGAAACGCUCCAGCGGAGGGAAAGCUGCCAUGGACGUGGAGCCGUAGUCGUCUGUAG